AGUAGAGAGAGAGAGAGAGAGAGAGAGAGAGAGGAGGAGAGAAGGAAAAAAGCUAGACUAGUGAAGGUCGUGGGUGUGGUGAUAAGUUUUAGGGGAUGCAGAGACUGGUCUUUGUUGAGUUCGAGUCUUCGGGCUUCAAGAAAUCGAUUACCAGUGGUAUUGGUAUCAGUGCACCAAAGGUGAGGGCAAGAGAUAAAGGUUUCUCUUAGUUCUUUUGGUCUUUGGAUCCAUGAUAUUGUGGUUCUUGUUCAUGUUGAUUUCCUGGUUUGAAAAGUGAAAGCUAGGGUUAGGGUUCGGAGAUGACUCGUAUUCUGGUUCAGCGUGGCUCUGGUUCUUCCUCUUCGAACCGAGCCAGUGGCUCUUCUUCCAAUUCUGCCCCUAAUUCAGUCUCUACUGUCUCUUCGCCCUCUUCACAUGUUACCAGAGAAGAUGACUCUGAUAAAGAUACAAACGAUAUUAUUACCUCUUUUGAUGGGUUAGUCCAUGAGAGCUCUAUAUUUGGAGAUGAGAAGUUGCAGAGCAAUGAAGGGGAGGCCAAUCAAGAACCAUCCAUUGAGACCGGUAUCGAGGAAUGGAGUGAAGCUAGGCCAAAAUCAUCACAAUCCAUUGUUGCCAAUCAAGAAAAAGAAGAAAUUGAGGAAUUGGGUGAUUCAGAAGUUACAGGUUCGGUUCCUGUAUCGAUAGAUUCGACUUCAUUUAGGGGAACUGGGAAAUUUGAAGGUGAUGAGAGUGAUGUUUUGAGUAAUGGGUCUUCUCAAUUUGCAUCAGGAAGCUCUUAUCCGCCACCACCUCCUGUUCCUCCUCCAAAACCCUCUGCAAACUCGAGCAACAGAAGAAUAGUUUCAGGUGGUUCAGCUGUGGUGCGAAGUGGUCCAUCCAGAAGGUCUGGUUGGCCUGUAGUGUCUUCGAGGACCUCAUCUUCUGGUUCAUUGCCAUCAUCGCCUAGGUCAUUUGGAGAAGGUGAAGGUUACAAUAGUGCAGAUGAACAAGGCCCUUGUUUCGGGUCUUCUUAUGCUGAUAUUGAGAGGGAGCGUCAAUUUGAGUUGGAUAUCAGGCGAACAAAGGGGUUAGAAGUUAAACGAAUGGUGGAAGAUGGAAAUUGUCUCUUUCGUGCUAUUGCUGAUCAAGUAUUUGGAGACCCUGAGAUGUAUGAUGAAACUAGGCACAUGUGCAUAGAUUAUAUGGAGAAGGAGCGGGAUCAUUUCUCACAGUUUAUUACAGAAGGUUUUACAUCUUAUUGCAAGAGGAAGAGAAGAGACAAGGUUUACGGGAACAAUGUGGAGAUCCAGGCUUUCUGUGAGAUGUUCAAUAGACCUAUCCAUAUUUUUUCUUACGGCACAGAGCCUAUCAACAUUUUUCACAACAGCUAUCACACGGAUACACCUCCAAUUCGGUUAAGCUAUCAUCAUGGAAAUCAUUACAACUCUCUUGUUGAUCCACGCCGACUGACAAUUGGUGCAGGCCUUGGUUAUAGCAGUCUACGAGGGACAAACAUUGAUAAAGAUCAAGUAAAGGCUGCCAUAAAAGCUCAGCAGGAUCAACAACUUGAGAAUGCCCUUCUAGCCGAGGGUCGCUUCUACUCUGAUCUGGAGCUCACAGAGAAGGAAAUCGAGCGCAUGGUUAUGGAGGCUUCACGGGCUGAAUAUCUUGCAGAGGAUAAAUUCAAGCAACAACUCAGCCUGAGGGAGUCUUCAACCUCUUCCCAUGCCGAGCCAUCCUCUUCCGGAGCAAUUACAGGUCCAUCAGAGAGGGAACAAAAGAGUGGGCUUGAAAGGACCUCUUCAGAUGCCGAGUUAAGUAGCAGCAUGCAGAUGGUCCUGUCAAUGGGUUUCAGUUACAGGAAGGUCAUCGAAGCCUACAGUAUAUUUGGCAACGAUGUAGAAUCAAUGGUGUGUUAUUUGCUUGAGAUGGGAUCGGCCAGUCCAUCAGAAGGAACCCUGAACAGGCUCAAAGGGAAGGCGACUGAGUAAUAGGAAGACAAGGUCAUGGAGCUCAGAGUACCAUUUAUUAAUGGUGUAAUGGGUUACAUUUUCUAAUGUGUAUGUUGAACUCUUUCAAGUUGAGGUUAUAUAGUAGAAUAAAAUUGAUGGUGGAUUUGUGGUUACAA